AUGCCAAUGGACGACUCCUUCGACAAUGUCUUCGAGGCUGGUCUCGCUGAGCGCGAAGAGGACAUUCCCGUCUACUACGACCUGGAUGAGCGCGACUCGGACGCAAUCGCUUGCAACAUUGUUGCCUACUCUGGCGACCACUGCGGCGGAAACACUGGGGGGCCUCUCGGCAUUCCGACGAACAACAAAGAUCAGGCCUCCAUGCAUGCAUAG